CGGUAGAUUUCAAUCGGCUCUCAGUUCUUACAGUUUUGUGCGUGAAACAGCGAUUUUUUUUGUGCCGGAAAACAGUGAAUUUUCACAUCUAAAGUGGAAAGAUUGUCCAUAAAUCUGAGUGUGUGUCGUUCUGUGGGAAGUCUGACCCAAGACCGGUGAGAUGUCAGAGAAGCCGCGUAAGAGAAAAGACAAAAAGAAGAAAGACAGUGUCUCGGAUGCUGCAGAUAUUGCCAGAAGGCUCAGCACCAAAGAGGACUCAGAUGCAGGCGACAGUGUUACAUCACAUCCCAGUGGUGUACAGUCCAUGGGACCAGAUGAUGUUCAACUUCAUGUGCACAAAGAUCAUGGAACUGGAGGGCAUUGGUGUGCCAAAAUUGUUUUCUUCUCCUUAAUGGCUAUUCUGGCGGGACUCGUUGGUCUGAUCAUUCUUGAAAACCGCGGUCUUUCUGAUGUUGAUACUCCACUGUCUGAAUCGAGAUUCUCGGAAAUCUUAGAGGGAUGGGUUGAUGAGAAUCGAGAAUCUCAUGAUGAUCAUGAUCAUGAGAUAUUAGCGUCUUUGGAAGAAUUAGAUGAACAUGAUGAGCAUGGAGAACCUUUUGAAGAGGAAGAAGAUCAUGAUCAGGAAGACGAAGAUCAUGAUGAAGAGGAUGAUGAUCAUGAAGGGGAUGAAGAGGAAGAAGACCAUGCAGAUGAAGAAGAUGAUGAAGAUCAAGCGAAUGAAGAUGAAGAAGAUCAAGCAGAUGAGGAAGAUGAUGAAGAUCAAGCAAAUGAAGAUGAUGAUCAGGAAGAUGAAGAUCAGAAUGUUGAUGACAAUGCAUCUGAAGAACUUCAGAAUGACGAUGAAGAGGACUAUCAAAAUGAUCAAGAAGAUGAUGAUAACGCAGAUGAAGAGGAAAAUCAAACAAAUGAAGAUAAUGAUGAAAAUGAAGAUAACGAUGACAAUGACGACAACAAUGACAAUGAAGACGACAACGAUGAUAAUUAUAAUCAACGAGACAUUGAUGAUGACGACGAUGCUCCCUUUGAAGAGCAUCUUACUACUAACAAAAGCAUUCCAGUGCCUUUAACCCAAACGAGUGAUAUUACUGAGAAGACUGAUACGGUAACAGUUGCCGACCUUGAAGUACAAAUUGAAGCUAUGAAGAUAGCUUAUGACGAAGUUGCUCAGCAGCUGGGAAAGCCAUCCUUUAGUGAACUGAAAGAUGCUACUCAAGAAUGUCCUGUAGAGGAUUUCUCAUUUGAUGAAAGAAUUAAGUUGGAUGAUGAUGGAUCAUUUGAGGAAGUGAUUGACAAUGAUGCAGGGGAGGAUCUUCAUUUGCAAAAAAUGGCCCAGAAAGAUGAACCUGAGCCAGAUGCAGAUGAUGAUGAUCAACUAGCUAGUCCUUCAUCGUCACUUGCUGAAAAGAUCCUCAUCGGUUUGGCCCUUGUUGUGGUUGCACACUCCGUUUUACUCAGAAAGACAUUCAACAAAGGGAAGGCUGUGGAAGAAGCAGAAGUUGUUAAAGGAAGUGUUGAUCAAACGUCUGAAGAAUUGAUAAUGGAUGAAGGAAUCAUUGAUAUGAGGAGACGAUUGACUAUUGGAACGGAAGAUGAACCACUUCCAGAGCCGGAAGAUGAUGUUAUUUAUGGUGAAGAUGGCGAAGAGUACGAGUAUUCAGGUGAAGAAAUUGAAGAUGAAGAUGAAGAGAUCGUUGAUGAUCUAGAGGAAUAUGAAGAUGAAAUUGAUGAUGAAGUUCGAAUGCCUCCAACAUUUGAAGAACUAAAUGCAAUGUACAAACCAGAAGAACCAAAAGUAACACCGAAAAUUCAAGAACCUGAAGUUCCAAAAGUAUCUUCAAAACCUCAAGGAUCUGAAAUUCCGAAAGCAACUUCAAAAAUUCAGGAAACAGAAAUUUCGAAGAUGACUCCAAAAGAAGUCCCGAAACCACCCGAUCUAACGAAGAAAUACGAAGAUGAAGAAGAAGAUGUUGAAGAUGAACAGGAAAUUGAAUACGAUGAAGAAGAUUACGAAGGAUCAGACUACGAAGCUGAAGAGUUGUCAGAUGUCGAUGAUUCUGAUCUCAUGAAGAGACUGGAGGAGAAAUAUGGAAAACUCCCACAGCUCAGUGAUCGGGAGGAUGAAGAGGAGGAGGAUAAGACUUGGACAAAAAUCCCACCGAGAUCUGGAGCUCAGUCUUUUGAGGAUGAUUUGCAGAGAGCAAAUGAUGAUUUAGAAGAUAAUCCAAGAAGUGCUCUCAAUGCCUUUGAUAAAAUACUGAAGAACUUCCCACAAACACCGGAAGCUCUCUAUGGGCGUGCUAGAGCCUUAGAUCGACUGUCGGAGAUGCAACAGAGCAAUGCAAUUCUUAAGGAUGCUAUUAGAGCGUAUGAGGCUGUUGUGAGGCUUAAGAUGAAUGUGUCCGAUGAUUUAUUCACGGCUGCAGCAACAAGGUGUAUCGAUCGGAUGAGAUUUCUCGGACUUCAUUCUCAAGCGAUGCCAAUUCAUGAAGCUCUCAUCCUUCGAUUUGAUGAUCAGCCUGAGUAUCGCAAUCAAUUGGCCAUCUCUUAUUUGCUUCUCAAUCAAUUGGCUGAUGCUAAGUUCGUUUUGCAUCAUACGCUUUUGCGUUGGAGAGACAAUCCUAUUGCCCUCGUCCACUAUGGAUUUGUGCUUAAAGCUCUGGACCAGGAUUAUGAGGAUGCUGCUCUCUAUUUAUCUGAGGGAUUGGCUUCAAAUGCCGAAGGAACUCAAGAUGGUCGUUUCUAUUUUGCUCUCGGAGAUUCAUUAUUGCGAUUGGGAAAGAGGGACAAAGCAAGGGCAGUUUUUAAACUCGGUGCAAAGAAGAAACUUUUUCUCUCUGAAUACCAAAGAUCUCUCUACAAUGUGGACAAUCUCAAGUCCAAACCGUUUUGGACGAUUGACGAAACGAAGAAUAGGAAGUUGUUUGAGACACUUGAGCUCAAUUGGAAGCUCAUUAGAGAUGAGGGCAUGAAGCUUCUCGAUCAAGAGGGAUUUUUCGUGGACGAAGCGGAAAAUUUGCGGGAGAAAGGGGAUUGGAAGCAGUUUGAUUUGUUUGUCAAAGGACAAAAAAUUGUCAAACACUGCCAAAAGGCUCCACUCACGUGUAACAUCAUGGAGUCAUUUCCGGCUGCGAGAUUUUGCACUCGUGGCCAGAUUAAAUUCAGCGUAAUGCAUCCGGGAACGCAUGUUUGGCCACACUGUGGUCCAACUAAUUGUCGCAUACGUGCCCAUUUGGGGCUCAAAGUGCCACCGGCAACAUUUAUCCGGGUGGCUCAGGAGACCCGAUCGUGGCAUGAGGGCAAAGUUCUCAUAUUUGAUGAUAGUUUUGAGCAUGAAGUCUGGCACAAUGGGACGGAAGUGCGUCUUGUUCUGAUUGUCGAUAUAUGGCAUCCGGACCUCAGUGAGGCUCAGAGGAGGAGUCUCCAUCCGAUUUAGGGAGUCAAUAGCACAGAGAGAUACCAAUGGCUACUUAAGUGUCAAUUUAAUAUACCAAAGGACAGAGGAAUAUCUUGAAAGUGAGAGAGAGAGAUAGAGAAGACAACCAAAAUGUGCCUUCAUCAAAAUGCUUAAUAUUAGUUUUAGAAAGAGGGAGAGAAAGUGGACGAGAAACAAUUUCCCCGCCGGAUCAGAAAGCUAUUACUCUCAAUUUGAUGGAUAAUUGAAUUAUUGGAUAUAUUCUCGAAAAUCCAUCAAAUUGGGGAUAUUUUUGGUCCUUUUGUGAUUGUUAAUUAGAUUUUCUAUUGUAAUGAAUUUUUAAUUUUUCCUUGUGACAAUAAUUGAGAGAUUAAAAAAAAGACCCAUGACAACGAUCUUUAUAACCAAUUCUGUAUGAAUAUCAAAAAUAAAAGAAAUUUACAGAAUUCUAAA